AUGGAUUAUUCACAGUAUAAUCAUGUUGGUUUCAAUGAGAAUGACACUGAAGACAUGCUUCUUCUCAAUGUUCUAUCAGAAGCUGGUGAAAAUUCAUCUAAUAAUAAUCUUCAUGUCAAUAAACAAGAAACACACUUGAAAGAGAACGAAGGAGCAAAUUAUAGAGGAGUAAGAAGGAGACCAUGGGGAAAAUACGCGGCGGAAAUAAGAGAUUCAACUAGAAAUAGCGUUAGGGUUUGGCUUGGAACGUUCGAUACUGCAGAAGAAGCAGCUUUGGCUUAUGAUCAAGCCGCGUUCGCGUUGCAUGGGACAACGGCAGUGUUAAAUUUUCCAGUGGAUGUUGUUUAUCAAUCGUUAAUGGAGAUGGAGUGUGGAUUUGAAGAAGGAUGUUCACCUGUUUUGAUACUGAAGAAAAUGCAUUCUAUGAAAAAAGGUAAGAGUAAUAUGAAUAGAAAGAAGAAGGAAAAAGGGAUGAGCUUUGAAAAUGUGUUGGUUUUGGAGGAUUUAGGAGCUGACUAUUUGGAGGAAAUUUUGAGGUUGUCCGAAGGUUAUUGUGAUCCUUCAAUAUCUUGCUAGAAAAAUUAUUAAACAUGUGCAUGCACAAGUAUUCGAGGUAGGGAUGACAAAGGGGCAAUUAGAAUUUUGAGUUUAUGGAUUCUUGAUUCUAAAAAAGGCAGUUUAUUGGUUGAAUAUAUUAAUUAUACAUAUUAAGUAAAAAUUUUAACAAAAAUACAAGAUUUUAGCCAAAGUUACUGAGUUCUGCCGAAUCAUAGACAAAAGUGUAUC